AUGAUGAAAAGGAAAAUGAAUAUGUGUUUGUUUUUUUUCUAUUUUGUGUUAUACUUUGUAUUAUGUACCUAUGUAUUAGGUAUAAGUAAUGAGCUAUUGAAGGAAAGAACCCAAAGCUUAAAUGAUAACAAUAAUGAUAGUUAUAAUAAUAAUAAUAUUAACGAUCAGUUGUCUUUUGCAAAUAAAGUGGUAAGGUUUACAGAAAAUGAAAAGGAUGAUAAAGAAGAUAAAACAAUGAAGAUAAUAUCUAGACCUGUUGAGAAUACAUUGAAUAGAAAUACAGAUAGUUCUUUUCUUAAUAUCAAAAAGUAUGGUAGAAAAGCUGAAUAUUUGAAUAGAAGUAGUUUUGUUCAAAGAGCAUAUAUAAGUGACUGUCAAGCAAAAAGAAAAAAACACACAUGGAUAUGUGAAAAUGAAGGGAAUAAUAAUAUAUGUAUUCCUGAUAGACGUGUACAAUUAUGUAUAGCAGCUCUUAAAGACAUAAAAAAUUCAGGAUCUGAAAAGAUGGAUAUAGGAUUAUUAACAGAUAAAAUAUUUGAAUCAGCUAUGUAUGAAACUGAUUUGUUAUGGAAGAAGUAUGGUUUUCGUGGAUAUUAUGAUUUUUGUGAUGAUGUAAAAAAUAGUUUUUUAGAUUAUAAAGAUGUUUUAUUUGGAAAAGAUUUAGACAAAAAUAAUAUAUCAAAAUUAGUAGAGAAAAGCUUAAAAAGCUUUUUUAAAGAAGAUAGUACUGUACUUACUCCUGAUGCAUGGUGGGGUAAUUAUGGAGCAAAAUUAUGGAGAAGUAUGAUAAAACCAUAUAGAGAUUUCGGAUGUAAAAGACCUGAUGAUACUGAACCUCAGAUAAACAGAUGGCUUAGAGAGUGGGGGAAAUAUAAUUGUAAAUUACUGAAGGAGCACCAAGAAUCGUUAGAAAAUCAAUGUUCUGUUAAUAAAAAGAAAACUGAUUGUUCAAGCAAAUGUAAUAGUGAGUGUUAUGCAUAUAGGAAUUUGAUUAAUAGACAAAAAUAUGAAAUAACUAGAUUAGCAAAAAGUUAUGUUCAAGUUAUACGAUAUAAUGUAUUUAACCAAAAAAUCGUUCAACCUAAUAAUGCUUAUGAUUUUAUAAAAGCACAAUGUUCUGAUUGUAAGGAUAUUGAUUUUAAAGCCCUUUUUGAAAAUGAAUAUGGUAAAUAUGAAGAAAAAUGUAUGUGUCAAUCGUAUCUUGACUUAAAAAUCCAAUUUAAAGAUCGUGACGUUUGUUCAUUUAAUGCUGAUAAAGAUACUGUCUCUAGUGAUAAAAGAUUUUGUCUUGACAAGAAAGAAUUUAAACCAUGGCAAUGUGAUAAAAAUAAUUUUGAAAAAGUUCAUAAUGAAGGUGUAUGUGUGUCACCAAGAAGACAAGGUUUUUGUUUAGGAAAUUUGAGUUAUCUCCUAAGUGAUGAUAUCUAUAAUAUACAUAAUAGACAACUGCUUAUCGAAAUUAUAAUGGCUUCUCAACAAGAAGGAAAAUUAUUAUGGAAAAAACAUGGAACAAUACUUGAAAACGACAAUGCAUGCAAAUAUAUAAAUGAUAGUUAUAAUGAUUAUAGAGAUAUAGUUAUUGGAAAUGAUUUAUGGAAUGAUAAAAACUCUGUAAAAGUUCAACAGAAUUUAAAUAUGAUUUUUGAAAGAAAUUUUGGUUAUAAGGUUGGAAAAGAGAGACAUUUUAAAUCGAUUAAGGAAUUAAAAUAUGUAUGGUGGAUAUUAAAUAGAGAUAAAAUAUGGGAUUCAAUGAAAUGUGGAAUUAAGGAAGCAGAUCCACGUAGAAAUUCAUGUAAAAAAAUGGAUGAACUAGAAAACAUGCCACAAUUCUAUAGAUGGUUUUCUCAAUGGGCACAUUACUUUUGUAAGGAAAAAAAAUAUUGGGAAUCAAAAUUAAAUGAUAAUUGUAAAGAUAUUAAAGGAAACUCUUUAUGUAAUGAAACAACAUGUCAAAAUGUAUGUUCUAGGAUGAAUUAUUGGACAUAUUCUAGAAAAAUAGCUUAUAAAAUACAAUCCGCAAAAUAUGAUAAAGAUAAAACAUCAUUUGAUCUUGCUAAAGAUAAAGAUGUAUCUACAUUUUUAAAGGAAAAUACAAAUAAUUGUUCUAAUAUAGAUUUUACAAAAAUAUUCGAUGAGCUUGACAAACUGUUUAAGGAAAGAUGUCCAUGUAUGGAUACAAAAACCUUAGAAACAAAAAAUGAAGAAAUGCUAGCUCUAGAAAAAAUUAGUGAAGAAGAGACUGAUAUAAAUGAGGAAAAUGAAGAAGAGGAAGAAUCACAAGAAUAUGAACUUCUUGAAAGUAGGGCAAAUGGUAAUAAAGGUACCAAAAGUGUUCCUAAUGAAAUGGAAAAAAAUAAGGAGAGAGAACAACCUGAAAAAGAAGAAGCAACACAAACUAGUGGAUCUUUAGAAGUAGGUGAUAAUAAAGGUUCUGAUAGUAUCAAAGGAGAAAGUACAAAUACUAAUAUAGAAAAGCCAUCUGAAAAAUUAGAAGAAGUACCAAAAGAUGCAUCAAAAGGAGAAACAAUAAAAGAUGGAAAACAAACGUUAACUCAAUCACCUGAAAAUUCAUCAGAACAGGCACAAGUACAAGGUGAACAAGAGAAAACUUCAGCUGAAUCAGAAAGAAGUGAAUCAGAUCAACCCCAAACUGGAGGAGAAGCAAGUAAAUUAAAAAAUGAAACUUCUUUAGAUCAAGAAAGAAAAGAAUCAAGUUCUUCAGCUGAAGAAGGUUCAUCAAAAACACCUAGUGAAAAUACUUCAUCACAAGACAGAGAAGAAUCAAGUAUUGGACAAACGGAUAAACAGGUUGUAGAUAAGGAAACAGUUAGUACGAAUUUAGAAAAUGGAGAGGUUCAUAAAGAACAAAUGAGCGAUCCAAAUAUAAGUACUGAGAAGAAUGUAUCUUUAGAAGGUGAUAAAGAAAAGGAAGUUGAAUCAAAUGUAUCAAUUACUGAUUCUAAUGAACAAAAAGAUCAAAGUACACAAUCAACACACACUCCUGUUGUUGAAGGAGAAAAGGAAGAAAAUUCAAUUUCACCUGUGACGGAAAAUUCUGAGUCGGAAUCAGGUUUAAAUUCAACUAAUGGCAUUGAAACAACUACAAUUGAUGUUAAAGAACAGCAAACUAUAAAGGAAGAUGAAAGAGUAUCUGAAACAUCAGAAAGUAGCUCAGAAAUAUCUAGCGUGGUUGAUGCCUCUCAUGAAAAGACUAAAACUGUUCCAUCUGGUACCUCUAUUGAAGAAGAAAAAGAGAUUUUAAAAAGCAAACAUCUAGAUACGACGAGUGGACCAGAUCUUGGAAGCAAUGACCAACAAGAUGUUACUGAUAAUUCUGCAGAAGUUAAUAGAAACGAUGAUAACAAUCUUCCUAAUAGCAUAGAUAAUCCAAGUGAUGAUAUAAAUAGAGAAGUUACUACUUCUGAAACUGAAGAUGUAAGUGAACCUAAGGGUUCAAAUAAGGAAACUUCUACAGAAGUUCCAAGUAUUACUGUAACAACGUCUGAUGGCAAAUCAUCUGUAGAAGAAGAAAGAAAAACUAAAAAGGAACCUGUUUCACAAAGUGAAAUUCUGGAAUCAAUACAAAAUUCUGUGAACGAACAUACCCCUGAUAAUGAACAAAAAGAUGAAAGAGAAGCUUUGAGACCAGAGGAAUAUAAAUUAUAUAGUGACACACUCAGUGAAGAUAUUAGUGAAAGGGAUUUAAAUGAUAUAAAAUCGUUAAAAGCUAACAUGGAUAACAUAUCAUUAGGUGAUUCUAGUGAAAAUAGGGAAAGUGCAGAAGGUACAGAAAGUAGACAUAGAGAAUUACGACAACAUGAUUUUAGAGGUGAAGGAAACUUUGAAAGUGAUGCUGGUCAAGUUCAAGAUAGUAUUUUAGAAAAUGAAGAAUUUAAAAAAUUACUUAAUAAAGAAUACGAAGAAAAUGACAACGAAGAAAUGAUACACAGAACAACUUAUGAUAUGAAAGAUAGAGUCAAUAAUCAUUUUGAUGACAAUAAUCUAUCAAGUGAAGAAAAAAUGAAUCAAUAUAAAAAUAGAAAUGUUUCUGAAGCAAGAGAAGAAAUAUUGAAAAUGUCAAAAACAAAUACAUGUUCUAAUAACGAUUCAUUAAAAUACUGUGAUUAUAUGGAAAGAAAUAAGGACUUAUUAGAAACAUGUUCUUUAGAAAAUAGGUUACAUUUAUGUUGUGCAAUAUCAGAUUAUUGUUUAAAAUUUUUCAAUCCUAAUUCCGUUGAAUACUUUAAUUGUACACAAAAUGAAUUUGAUGAUCCCACAUAUAAUUGUUUUAGAAAACAAAGAUUUACAAGUAUGCAUUAUAUUGCCGGAGGUGGUAUAAUAGCUCUUUUAUUGUUUAUUUUAGGUUCAGCCAGCUAUAAGAAGAAUUUGAAUGAUGAAGAAGGAUUCUAUGAUUCUAAUUUAAAUGAUUCCGCUUUUGAAUAUAAUAAUAAUAAAUAUAAUAAAUUACCAUAUAUGUUUGAUCAACAAAUAAAUGUUGGAAAUUCUGAUUUAUAUUCGGAGGGUAUUUAUGAUGAUACAACGACAUUUUAA